AUGUUUGAAGCGAUUGUAGAGUCUAUUCUUCAGCCUGGCGUCAACAGCCAACUUCUUACAGCAAUCAACAUCGCAUUCGUCUGUCUUCUUGUCAUCCUUACACUUCUGUUGGUUACGUUUGGUUUUAACAUUCAUCUGCUGAUGCUGAUAAUAAUCAGUAGCGGUCUUCUCCUUUCAAUAAAUUGGUGAGUUAAGCUAUAAACGGAUAUAUACUAAGCUCCUUUAUUAGCUGUCUAUGAACUUAUUUGAUAUUUGUACAAACAACGUAAUGGAUUUAAUUUAAGAUCUCAUAAGAUUCAUAACUCUUAUGUUUUGAAGGUGAAAAUAUUGCAAAAGCUAUGGAGUGUGUUCCUUUCGGUGAAUCCAAAAACGGAUUUUAGAUCUACGAACGGAUUUCGUGUUCCUUUCGGGAAAUCCAAAUCCGGAUUUUUGAUCUGGUGAAUCCUUUUUGAAAAAGGAUUCAUUGGAUUUGAAAUCCGAAGAAUCCAAAUCCAGAUUAACGGAUUAGUGAUCUAUGCUGUUCCAUUCACUAUGGAUCCGAAAUUAGUCAGAUGAUCCAGCGGUAUUUCCAGUUGCAGUAUUCCCAUAGAGGCCUUAGAGUUUCCUCGUUGCUGUCAUUUAAUUUGCCGCAAAACAUCUGAAAACAUUAGAAGAUUGUCCCUGGUACAUUAAAGUAUCCAUAUACUAACCAUUUGUCUCUAAAGAUUGCUUGAAAUCAGAAAUAAGUAAAAGUAACAAAUGAACUGCUAUCUAACUACAAACUCGCUUGUAGACGCAACAGGCACUCGAUCGUGUCACAUAAAAAAAUCCGAGGUUUGGAACUGGAUCAAACUGGCUGACAUUCUUUAGAUAAUUUUCAAUUUUAAUGGGCUUCUUUCUUUGUCUGUUUUAUAUGUUCCAUCGUUGCUAUUCGAACUGCCGACCACUAAAUUCUGCACGGUAUAAUCUCAUAAUUUGUCAAACAGUAGAAAACACGUCAUUUUUUGAGAGGCUGUCAUGCAUAUUGCACGCGUUGGCGAAAGGUUACCAAGGUUACAAAUCCAAUUUCGGAUUUCACGUUCCUUUCGACCGCGAAAUCUGGCAAAUCUAAGUCAAAAAUCUGUUUUUGGAUUCGCCGAAAGGAACACACCCAAAGAGAAAGAAAAAUCGUACACCAUGACGUGUUUGGAAAACUGCUCAUUCAUGUGUACAUCUGCCUCCUUCCCUCAAAACAAUCAGGAGAAAAUAUGAGACUAAGAUUCGUAAAGUUAACCCUGGAAAACAAGUGGUGCAUUUUAAAACUUAUGUCAAAUGGGUAUUACCUUUCAAGGUGAAUAUGAUAGGAUUUAGUCCACAGACUCAAACUGCAGGCCCCAUUUCACGUCACGGCACUUAUCUGACUCAUGUGGGAUGGAAAAGAACCGCUAAGGAUGUAACAAUCUCUGGUGGUGAUCACCAAUACUUUCUGUGUCAUGGGUUCUGAAAAUUGUAGGGAGGGCACUUUGCAUCUAUGACCUUAAAUUCCUGAGCCUGCCCAUCUCUUUUGGGCUAGUCUGUGCCCAGAAAAGCUACUUCACUUAUGAAAUUGAAAACCAUCCCUGGACAGUAUACACAUAGUAUGGAAAUAAAUUAGAACAUUUAAAGGGAACUUAAAAGAGCAAAAGUGUUUGUUUUUUUGUGACAUUUAUCUUAUCAUUUUCUUUUCUCACUAUGGUAAGGUACUGCUGUAAAAUGCAAAUUAUUUUAAGUUGUUCAUAGAUUUAUUAAAUUAUAAAUAAGGUCUAGUGGUACAUAUGAUGGCUAUAUUUCUGUAUUUUGUUCUUUACAGGUUUGUAAGUGAAUUAUGGCAAGCUUCUAAGACAACUGCAACAGAGAAAAAGGACCACUGA